AUUUAACUUCUGUACGUUGCCUAGCCUUGCUUCAACAAGUAUCAUGGCCGCCGUAAAGUUGGCAGAUAACAAGUUACGAAACGUAAAACUGUUUAUUUUUUGUAUUUUAUUUCUAUAUAAUAUGUAAAAAGUGUUAAGAAUAUUCAAGAGAAUGUAAUUACCUGAAUCACCAAGAACAACAACCUUUACUUUCUCAAUUGCUGCCAUUUUCUAGAAAUUAAUACAGAACGAAAAUUUACAAAAAUGACAGAGGAGCGCCUGGUAACAGAGGUGCCCAGCAGCUUAAAACAACUAGCUCGCCUUGUUGUAAGGGGGUUCUACACUAUUGAAGACGCACUUAUCGUAGACAUGUUAGUUAGAAACCCUUGUAUGAAAGAAGAUGAUAUUUGUGAAUUAUUAAAGUUCGAAAGAAAAAUGCUAAGGGCUCGAAUAGCCACCCUGAAAAACGAUAAGUUUAUUCAAGUUAGAUUAAAAAUGGAAACAGGUCCUGAUGGCAAGGCACAGAAAGUUAACUAUUAUUUUAUAAAUUAUAAAACGUUUGUGAACGUUGUUAAAUACAAAUUAGAUCUGAUGCGCAAACGUAUGGAGACAGAAGAACGCGACGCCACAAGUCGUGCCAGCUUCAAGUGUCCAUCGUGCGGGAAAACAUUCACAGAUUUAGAAGCUGAUCAGUUGUACGACAUGAUGACACAAGAAUUCAGAUGUACAUUUUGCAAUCAAGUGGUCGAGGAAGACCAAUCAGCAUUGCCGAAAAAAGACUCGAGAUUAUUAUUGGCCAAAUUCAACGAACAGCUUGAAACGCUUUACAUUCUAUUGCGAGAAGUUGAAGGCAUAAAAUUAGCGCCAGAAAUAUUGGAACCAGAACCAGUAGACAUAAACACAAUCAGAGGAUUAACAAUGAAACAACCGGCAUUGCGGCCUUCCGGCGAGCAAUGGUCGGGUGAAGCGACUCGCAACCUAGGACUCGCUGUGGAAGAGACACGCGUCGACGUCACUAUUGGAGAGAACGAUAAUGCAAACGACGCCGCUGCACAGCGAAAAGAACGGCCUGUAUGGAUGGUGGAAAGCACUAUCGUCACAAACGACCAGAGCGACAGCGUGCAUUCCACUGACGCAGCUCUCGAGAAAGCAGCAAGUAACGCCAGCAACGUCAAGAGCACGGGCAAAGAAAAGAACGAUGACAUCAUGUCGGUUCUUCUUGCUCAUGAGAAACAAAACACCGGAGGUAAUGCAACAACGAAUGCCUUGAAAGGUAUUGAACCGGAUAGUUCAGAUUCAAGUGAUAACGAGUCCAAAGAUCCUUACAAGUUAAAGGACGAAUUAGCAGCUGUUGCUGAAAUGGAGAGCGAAGACUCGGAUUCUGAUGACAACGCCCCAACCGUCUUGGUCAACGGUAAAGCGGUGCCGCUGACCAGCAUCGACGAUGACGUCAUCGCACAAAUGACACCUUCCGAGAAGGAGACCUACAUUCAAGUCUACCAGGAGUACUACAGCCACAUGUACGACUAGUGUGUAACAAUUAGAUAAGGAUAAUUAUCAUUCUUGAUACUUUCUUAAAAAUAAAUCGUUUUUAUUGUAAUUUUUUGCAUUUCUCUUAUUCGCCUACCCCGUAUAAUAAAUUAUGUUUGUAUAUCCGAGAAGGAAAUUUACAAACGUCUUGUGUGUACUAGGAGUACUACAGCCACAUGUAC